GGCUCGGCCGCUCAGAACUGCGAGGACGACCAAGACGGCCAACAGCUCCAAUCCUCGCCCGCAGUACGCUUUAAAUCGACCAUCGAAGAGAUUGCCCCAGAUAAUGCAAUGUCCACGAUCACACCGUCCGCCGACGGUGUCGCGCUCGGAGACCCAGGCGAGGUGACGCCGGAUCAGAUCCGCGACCUCUCCAACAGGCUGCGGGCCUGCCCGCUCCAGGAACGAAGAAUGAACAUCUUCUCUUACGAGGCCUUUUCCCUCCCACCUUCAAGAACAGCAUCCCGUGAUGAUGAGUCGCGAGAACCUAGUCGCCAGGCCACUCCUCAAAACUCAGCGAGUCACGGCUCGCCGCGCUUGAAUGCCAGUCCGCGCGCCAUGGAUAUGCAUUCGCCGCCUCUUACACCGGCAGGAACGGACACUACAGACGGAGGACCGAAACGGGAACCACCCGGAGUAUACGACAGAGGGCGCAGUUCAGACAUCAUCACGCCCCAGGAAUCGAUGCAUGAAGCGCCUUCACCCGGCUCAUCGCGCCCAGUUGUCGCCCAUGGAUCGAUUGAUGCUGAUCGCAGCUCACGAAGGCCGGCAACCUCGGACGGAAGGGAGCAGAUCCAAGCGGCGCUCGGCGACCACCGUAAAGGGCUGUUCACGGUGGGUGCUGCAAGCGGGUCGACAUCGCCCGUCAGUUCGGUGCCACCGUCCCGUGACACGAGCCCGUCUAGAGCGUUGACCGCGUCGCAAUUUUACACCCGGCACGCGCCGCCACCGGGAGAAGCCAAUGAUCCUUAUGCCGCAAGCAGGCGGCAGGCACAAAAAGGCAUCGAUUCCCGCUUCAUAUUCCCCAGGAAGAAGAAGCGGGAUUCGCCUGGGUCGUCGACCAUCAGCCUUCCCAAAGCCUUGGGAGACAAACGCCGGUCAAAUGAGGGCCUUUCUCACAGCAGGAAUAGCUCCAUGGCCGACUUGAAGAGGUUCUUCAAGCUGGGUCCUAGCAAUAAGGCAAAAAGAACUGCAUCACCCGCCCCGUCCGUUAGAUCCGGUUCGAAGACGCCACCCACCUCCAAGUCGACGCAGAUUCCCUUUGGCGACGACCACGGCCUCUCCUCUAAGUACGGAAAGCUCGGGAAAGUGCUAGGAGCCGGGGCGGGCGGGUCUGUGAGAUUGAUGAAACGUGCCGAGGACGGUGUGGUGUUUGCUGUCAAGGAAUUCCGUCCUCGCCAUUCAUACGAGACUGAGCGUGAGUACGUCAAGAAGCUCACGGCUGAGUACUGCAUUGGCUCUUCGCUGCACCAUGGCAACAUUAUUGAAACGCUCGAUAUUGUCCAGGAGCGGGGCAAGUGGUACGAGGUGAUGGAGUACGCUCCGUACGAUCUUUUCGCCAUUGUCAUGACGGGACGAAUGUCGCGCGAGGAGAUCAGCUGCUGCUUCUUGCAGAUUCUGAGUGGUGUCACGUACCUGCACAGCAUGGGGCUAGCUCACCGUGACUUGAAACUCGACAACGUGGUGGUCAGCGAGCACGGAAUCAUGAAGAUCAUUGAUUUUGGCAGUGCCCAUGUCUUCAAAUACCCUUUUGAAAGUGGCAUCGUUCUUGCAUCGGGAAUCGUUGGCUCGGACCCGUAUCUCGCACCCGAAGUGUAUGACGAGAAGAAGUACGACCCUCAAGCGGUAGACAUCUGGUCCCUGGCCAUCAUCUUCUGCUGCAUGACCCUCAGACGUUUCCCAUGGAAACUUCCACGGCUAUCUGACAACUCGUUCAAGCUCUUCGCAGCGGAGCCGACGCCAGGCCACGAUCCCAAGAAACUGCUCAUGCCGCCGUCCAAGUCCAUGUCGGCUUUACACGAUACGCCGGCUAGAGACUAUGAUCCGGACAGCCUCCGCAGCAAUGCCGACAAAGAAGCGCGCGGCGGACAACAUGAGCAGCAGAGGGCGUCGACGACAACGUCCAACGCAGGACAUGAUGGCGUAGCCGCCAAUCCCCCGCCGGCGGAGAAGAAGGAGGUGAUCCGCGGCCCGUGGCGGAUUCUUCGGCUGCUGCCCCGAGAAAGCAGGCAUGUCAUCGGGCGCAUGCUGGAGCUAGACCCCAAGAAGCGGGCAAAAAUGGAUGAGAUUCUGGAUGACCCCUGGGUGGCCGAUUCGGUGAUUUGCCGCCAGGUCGGACCUGGGCUCGUGGCGAAUGCUGAGGAUCAUACGCAUGUGCUGGAACCCCCGGCGCCGCCGGCUGGUAGCAAGUAGAUGGUUGAAAAUACUGAGGAUAAAGUAUGUCAGGGGGCAAAAUAUCUCGGGGUUUCUGAGAGAUGGCUGGUGGCUCCUUUUGGUCCGUUUACAUCUUCGCGGCAAUUUUCGUCUUCUCAGCUGCUGUUUCGGUCAUCUUGGGAGGAUGGAGUUUGGGAAAGGGAGUCCUCAUUUGCUGGCGCAUUCAGAUCUGGUUAAGUUUCUUCUGGGUAAGGGCGUUUAUUCAAGUUUCAUUCAUCAUGAGAUACAAAGGCAGGGCUUCAGAAGCAGGAUAAUCUUCUCAAGGGAAGAAAGGGAACUAUAGGGUCGUUGAGGGUUAGAACCAGCAUGCAUAGAUAGUCGGGAUAUAUACUAUAUACCGGCACUUGAAUAGAACAACUGGGAUAUUACAC